CCCCUUCCUCCCCUUGUCGCUCGAUUUCCUCCUCGAGGCUCUCGUGCCGGCCCGCCCUACGAUGUAUCCUGGGUUAUAGCGCUAGAAGACACCUUUUUUGUUUGCCAUCGCCGACGACGCUGACAGUAGCAAUGCGUGCGCCUGUGCGCUGUGUGCUACCGAGGACCGUCCUCGUCGGUGCGCCGUCCACAGCUGUACGAGCAGCCCCGAUCUCUGUACGCCAGCGCGCAGUAUGUACAACAUGCGGCUGUUUGGCGGAUCCACAGCGUGACUUCAGCACAUUGCGAUCUCCCGGUCGUCGCCCGCGCACGAUACCCCGCCCCGUGCUUCCUACUUUGACCACUACUGGGCAAAAGAGGAGAGCGUCUGCUGUGGCAGCCGCAGCUGAAGAGAACACCAACACAGAGGACAUUGGUCCGAUCCAGGAGUAUGACCGGCGUGUCGCGAAUGGCAUGCUCCGGAAUGAUAGCCACCAGAGAGGGAUAAUCCAGAGCUUGCAGCACCUGCACGAAGAGCUUCGCCACUACCGAGCACCGCCUGUCGUCCACCCAACCCUUGACUCUGUGACGCCGCAGAAAUCUUUGUUCUCGUGGUUCGGCAACAGCAAGAAGAUGCCAAUUGGGCAGAUCCCGAGCAACCUUCCGCGGGGCCUCUACCUGUACGGCGAUGUUGGGUGUGGCAAGACCAUGCUUAUGGACCUAUUCUACGACACCCUACCGCAGACCGUGCGCUCCAAGACUAGGAUACACUUCCACAACUUCAUGCAAGACGUCCACCGACGACUCCACAAGAAGAAGCUCCAGUACGGCAGCGACGUCGACUGCGUGCCCUUUGUAGCCGCCGAGAUCGCCGAGCAGGGCAACGUGCUUUGCUUCGACGAGUUCCAGUGCACCGACGUAGCCGACGCCAUGAUCCUGCGCCGCCUGCUGGAGUCCCUCAUGUCGCACGGCGUCGUCCUGGUCACCACCUCCAACCGCCACCCGGACGAGCUCUACAAGAACGGCAUCCAGCGCGAGUCCUUCAUCCCCGCCAUCCAACUUCUCAAGAACCGCCUCCACGUCAUCAACCUCAACUCCAACACCGACUACCGCAAGAUCCCGCGUCCGCCCUCGGGCGUCUACCACACCCCUCUCGACGCGCACGCGGCCUCACAUGCCGAGAAGUGGUUCCGCUUCCUAGGCGACCCAGAUAUGCCGGAGCCGCACCGCGAGGUCCAGCGCGUGUGGGGCCGCGAGAUCGUCGUGCCCCGCGUGAGCGGGCGGUGCGCGUGGUUCACGUUUGACGAGCUGAUUGGCCAGCCGCGCAGCGCGGCCGACUACCUGGAGCUGAUGCGGUCGUACGACGCUUUCGUGGUGACCGAGGUGCCCGGGAUGACGUUCCGGCAGCGGGACCUGGCGCGGCGCUUCAUCACCUUCGUAGACGCCGUGUACGAGUCUCACGCCAAGCUCGUGCUGACGACGGCCGUGCCGCUACAGGAGCUGUUCGUGUCCCGCGAGGAGAUCAGGGAGUCGCUUCUGGAGAAGAAGAAAAUGAAGAAGCAAACGAAACAACAGCAAGGGCGUGGGAAUGGCAAGGAUGCAGGAAAGGGGGAAGAGGAAGUGGACGAUGCAGUGGAGGAUGUCAUGAGCCACAUGAUGGACGACCUGGAACAUAAUGUCGAGCAGCUGUCCAAGUCGAACUUGUUUACCGGCGACGAGGAGGCGUUUGCGUUUGCGCGUGCCCUGUCGCGGCUGAACCAGAUGGGCAGCAAGGAGUGGGUUGAGCGGGGCAUGGGCCUGGAGAGCCAGGGCGGCAAGCAAGAGAGCGACAGCUGGAGGAAGACGAGGAGCAGGCAGAUGGAGGACAGUAUGUGAGAGGUGAAUGGGGGAGGUAUGAU